UUGGUCUUAAAAAAAUUAAAGGGCCAAUCGAAAAUCAUUUUACAAAGCUAUAUGGCGCCCAUGGUAACACGAUAAUAAGAAGACUGAAUGAAUGGUGGCAUUUGUUGUAACAUUAAGCCAUAAAUGUCACUGUUUUUACAGUGAAAAUCAGACUGGAAAAUGCCUUUAGGACCAUUUGGUGAAGUUUUGGGCACCACAGGGACCCUUGAUGCCCUUGGUCCAGUUGCCCAAAACUAUAAAACAAAAGUGGUUGCCCCACGUAAUCCAAAGCUUAUCAAAGAGGAAAAAGCUCCUCUUUAUAAGUUGACACCCAGUAGAUUUCUCUUUGAAGUUUCUCUGAACACUGAACAAAAACUGGCCAAUACUCGAACAAUGAAAAUACCAAGAAAGACAGAACUGCUUGACAUGGGGGAUACAUCUCUUCAAAAAAGCACCAAAAUCAACAUAGAUGAACCAAUGUUCCAACCAUUUCCUACAGAGAUAUAUUUUCAAAAUUUUGAGCCCUUUCAAAUGUAUGAAGUGCCCUUGGUGCUUAGAAAUAAUGACAAGGUUCCUAGAUUAGUGAAAGUUACUCUGGAAGAUUCACCAUAUUUUAAAAUUGUCAGCCCUCAUGAUGUGGGACAUAAAGUUGGACCUGGUCUGCCAACAAUAUUCAAAGUUCAAUUCACACCUGAUGAAAAAAAGGACUAUAUACAUGAACUUACCUGCAUCACAGAAAGAGAAAAGUUUGUUGUGCCUAUCAAGGCUAUCGGAGCCAGGGGUAUUCUUGACUUUCCAGAUGAAAUUCAUUUUCCUACAUGUCCUGUAAAAUACUCCAACACAAAAACCAUUUUGGUCAGAAAUAUUGGAACCAGAGAAGCCAAAUUUAAUCUUAAAACCAAACAACCUUUUACUGUGACACCAGACAUUGGAACACUUGGCGUCAAUGACAGCAUGCAAGUUACAGUGGAAUUCAAACCUUUAACAGCUGGUAAUCACAGAGCUGAGCUAUGUCUGUCAUAUGAUACAGGGGAGCAAAUUUUUAUUGAUCUGUAUGGAGCAAGCCAGGAUGCCAACAUUCGACUGGACAAGAAUUCCAUACGCAUGGACAACACUUAUAUUUCUCUGUCCAGCCAAAAGACGGUCAUAAUUAGCAAUCGCAGUGAUUUUAUUGCCCAUUUUAAGUGGACACAGUUUUCCACCCAGGAUGAAGAAGACCAGCAUAAAUUACUGAAACAAAUACAGUUAGACAGAGAAGAGAAUACAGACACUGACAGAUUCUUGGCCGAAUGUGUUGUUGAUCCAACUCUUAGAGACAAAUUGUCCAUUCUUUCCAGAACAUUUCAGAACAGAAAAAGAGCUGUAGACAAUGACCCUCAACUGUUUGAGGAUGACAUCAUGAGCAUUGAGCCUUCAGAGGGAGACAUUUGGCCUAACUCUACAUUUGACAUCAAUGUUGUCUUCAAGCCAAGGGAUGCAGAGUCUUACCUCAGGACUGCAUACUGUGAGAUCACAGGCAGAGAGAGUCGCAUGCCCUUGCGCAUCCGUGGUGAUGGAAUGGGGCCAAAGGUUGACUUUUCUUUGGACUACUUGGAUAUGGGCAAUAUUUUCAUUGGAUCUAGACAUACCUAUGAAAUUGUUCUUGCCAACAAAGGAGAUAUUGAUGCUAUUUUUAGUGUAUCUCCCAACAUGACUAUUUUUGGUCCAUGUUUUGCAUUUAACCCAUCAGAAGGGAUUGUCAUGCCAGGUGGACACCAAGCCAUCCAGGUGGCCUUCAGCAGCCCCUAUCUGGGGGACUUUGAAGAAGUGUUUUGUUUCCAAGUAGAUGGCAAGCCUGAGAAAUGCAAGAUUACUUUUCGUGGCCAAGUGGUUGGACCAACAUUCAACUUUGAUGUCUCCCAUUUAAAUUUUGGGGUUGUACCUAUUGGUUUUCUAUGUUCACAGACUUGUAGCUUAGUGAACACAUCAUUAGUUCCACUGGUAUUUAGCCUGCAUGUGCCUGGAGAUGGUGCCAACAAGUCUGUCUGCUGCACUGAUGACAUCGGUGAUGAACCUUACACCAUUGGUCCCCUACCUGUUCAGAAUCCCAAGGAGUUUGACAUAGUUCCUUCAUAUGGAGUGAUUCACCCUCAUAGUCAAACAAAGAUCACAGUGAAUUUUGUACCAAAUGCACAGAAAAAAUAUGAACUUGCCUUAGUGGUAGAUGUUGAAAGAGUGGAUAAAGAAAUUCUUUCUCUUCCAAUCUCUGCCAGAUCCAUGGUUCCUGACAUCACAAACCAGAGUCCUGUGCUGAACUAUGGCCGCUGCUUCCUGAGGCACCCUUAUGAGCAGAACAUCAGGCUUUACAAUAGCUCAGAGCUUGCAGCCAAGUAUGAGAUUCUUCCACAGGGCUACAUAGCCAGUGAUGAAUACCCACCUGAUUGUUCUCCCAUCACAUAUAGUAGCCCUAAAGCUAAAGGUGUCAUUGCUCCCAAUUCAAUUGUUGACAUACCGCUGGUCAUUGAAGCUGUUGCACUUGAGGAACAGGAAAUCCCAUGCUAUAUUAGGAUAUUUGGAAGUCCCAAUCCACCAAUGAUUGUUCAUGUCAUCUGUGUGGGAGAAGGUCCAGUUGUACAUGUGGACCCAAUGCAAAUUGACUGGGGGGAUACUCCAGUACUUGUUGAUGUAACCAGGACUAUACUCUUGUCCAAUGAGUCUUUCAUACCAGCUUCAUUUACAGCUCAUAUGGUUAGACCAAACACAGUUUUUCGAGUGAGUCCAUCAGAAGGUACCAUUGGGCCUGAGAAGUCCAUGGAGUUAACCGUUACUGCUCACCUGGAUGACUGUGUCAGGUUUCAGGACAAACUUCAGAUAAAUUUCCACCUUAGCCAGUCUAGGUUAAUACCUUUAGUGGCUAUGGGCAAGGGAACAACCAUUGUCUCUGAUCCCCCUCUUGGCCCAGUGCUUGAUCUGGGUCACUCCUUCAGCAAUUGUAAGUUGAUCAAGAAGUUUAAGCUGACCAACAGAGGUCGCCGCAUUCAGCAAUUGGUAUGGAUCACUGAUGGAUUCAUCCCUUUGUCCAAAGCAAAAAAGGAUAAGUUGAAAUCUAUUAUGCAUGAUGUGAAGAAGAGAAACCAUACAUUGGUUCCUUCUGACUUAGCAGAACCAGUUUUUCGAUUGUCCCCCAACCGUAUGGAGCUCUUGCCCGGUGAAUCCAUGGAUUUAACUUUGGAGGGAUUCGUUGAACUUCCUCAAUUAGUUUCUGAGACUGUUGUUUGCCAUGCUAUCAUUGGGCGUGCAGGGGGAAAGAUCCCCAUCAUUGGUGUGAAUGUGAAAGCUGAAUUCAUUGAGCCUCUCCUCAAGUUCUCUACUAAAUGUGCCUUUUUUAGAGUGGAUAAGUCACCUGGAGAGGAACUCCAUGUUGAACAGAAACAGCUGGUCCUGACCAACCUAUCCAAUCUGCCUCUGACCGUGAACCUGAAAGUGGCCUAUCCAUUUAGCAUGAUCAUUGGCAAUAACAAGUUGUAUGAGACAGAUGCUUGCCUUCAGCCUGGGGAUGAGUACUAUCUAGUCAUAGAGUUUGACCCAGGCUUUAAAGAUGAUUAUCACAUUCGCACCAUUGAUGAGGUUCUUAAAGUAACAUACAAGGAGCAUCCUCAUAUUGAUUAUGUGUCAUUGAGGGGAGAAGUAUACUUCCCAAACCUAAAGUUUGAAAAGACUGUAGUAGACUUUGGCUGUGUGUUGAAUGAUACAGAAGUCACUCGCUAUGUCAACAUCACAAACAAUAGCCCAAUGGAGGUGUGUUAUCAUUGGUCUUUUCUGGUUGGUGAUGUCCCAACAGCCAUAAAGAAAAUAAUCAGGCCUAAGCCACAAGCCUCUGAGCCAGGCUAUGUUUCAGACUCAGAGCUGGAAGAAGAAGAAGAUUUGUCCAGUCCUGAGGUGAUGGAAGAGAUAGAGAGAAUUGAAAAUGUGGAGGAAGAAGUAUUGCCAACAAUUCAGAGUAAAGAAGAGAGCCUAGGCUCUGAGUCCUUUGAAGACAUUGAGUCACCAAAAGAGGUUGUGGUCAAGUCAGAUAGAUCUGAGGAACAAGACAACAAAAAGGUCAACAGCCCAGUUGAAAUGGAUGAACCUGAAAAGGGACAACUAGAUCAAGAAGAAAAGAUGGACAAAGAAAAAGAUGACCACAACUCUGCCGUCUUGCUGGGAAGUCGAUUGUCCUUGAGGGAGGAUGAAGAGGAGGCAUUGAGGUGUAACAGAGUUCUAACAGCCUUGCUAGAGAUGGAUGAGGGGAUAGCUCCUGUGAUUGGAGUGGAGGAGGUAUUUGACAUUUUGCCGCUGUAUGGUUGUCUCCAGCCUGGUGACACAGAACAGGUGACAUUUACAUUUUUUGGUCAUGCUGACAUAUGGGGUCAGGUCAAGGCUGUAUGUGAGGUUGAUGGUGGGCCAACCUAUGAGCUGACCAUGAUGGGAGAAGCAUCCGUUGUGGAGUAUUCUUUUGACAGCAAGACCAUUGAAUUAGGAAAACAGAUGUAUGAUCAUGUGGCUUCAGCUACCAUUACUUUGAUAAACAAAGGGAAAGUUGGUUUUGAAUUUAGGGGCAUAAAUAUAGAUCCAGCACUGGAGAAGCGACCUAUACCAGGUCAACCUGUCAUAGUACCACAUUCUGGCUAUGUUGAACCUUUCUCUGAGCAGAAGAUUGAGGUGAAGUACUUGCCAGGUGUACCAGAGGAAUUCAAAAAGACCUUUCAAAUACAAGUUGCACAUUUUGAGCCAGACACAGUCACACUGACAGGAGAAGGUGUGUUUCCACGUAUCUCUCUUGACCUGCCCAGAAUAGAGGAUGAAGAAGGUGUGUAUGCCAAGCUUGCACAAGAAGCCAAGAGAAAUCUAGCAAUAAUGAUCAGAGAACAAGUGAAGCAACAGAUACUUGCCCAAGAGGAGGCCGCCAAAGCCCAAGCUGGCCAAGAAGAGGAGGAGCUGAUGAAGCUGGUGGCUGUAGAUGAGAAUGGAGUGGAGAUUCCAGAUUCACCCAGAAAUGAUAAGACUUCAAAUAACAUUGAGGGUUUGCAUGAGAGAGAGCCUUCAGAGCUAGAGAUACAGAUGGAAAUAGAGAGGCUGGCAGUUCGAGACUUUGCUCUUGAACACAUGAACAAUCCUAAAUAUAUAAUGGCCUCAGUGGAUGAAAAGGGAGAGAACAUAUUGUUAAAUGUUGAGUCCACAAUUUCCUCAAUAGCUCAAGACAUACCACCCACUGUCAAACCCAAAGCUGCAUUACCAGACUACCUGCUGGACUUUGAAUAUGUUGUCCUAGGCACUGUAAGGACACAUGUUGUUAGAGUCACCAACACUGGCUGGAUGCCUACUUCCUUUAAGCUGGAGCGUCACAACAUACACAACCUUGGCUUUCACAUAGAACUGGAGCGUGUCCGCAACUUGCCUGGAGCACCAGACAAUGAGACGUUGGAUUUUGUGGUGCAGUUUGAUCCAAGGGGAGCCAAUUUACAGCUUGGGUCUGUUGAGGUCAAUGUUCCUGUCAAUAUUCUUCAUGGACCAACUUUCAACUUAUGCUUGCGUGCCCAUGUGACGAUGCCUGACCUUGAAGUGUCGGAUGAUGUGCUGGAGUUUUCAGAUGUGAAAUGUGGAGAGUGUAAAGUCAUCACCAUCCAACUCCACAACCAUCAGAUGGUCAAGUGUGAAUGGAACUCAGUACCACCAGAUGAUUCCAAAAAGAUUGAUAAACAUGUCCCCAUGCAUUUACGCCGGAAGCUGCGCCAGGAAAAGAAGAAACCCAAUAUUUUUGAAGUUCUGCCUCCAACUGGUGUCUUGAUGCCUGGACAGAGGAUCAAUGUGCAAGUCAAAUUCAUGCCCACUGAAGAGAAAUUUUAUGAGAAUCGAAUUCCAAUCAGAAUAGCACAGAGCAGUCAAAGGAUUAUGCUACUUUGCCGGGGUCAUGGUUUAGAACCCAGGCUUGAGUUUCAACGGACAGUUGUACAGUUUGGCCCAAUUCUACCUCACAGUCCUGUUGGGGAUGACCAAGAGAUUACAGUACACAACCCUUGCUCAUUCCCAAUUGAAUUUUAUUCUCUGGAGUUUGACCAAAACUAUCUGGAAGAAGAAAAAGUUCUGCGUUUAAUGAAAGGCUAUGAUGAAUAUAACACUCUCCUGCUUCCACCUCGCAGUGUUGGUGGGAAACUGCCACAGGAACUUCUGGACUAUUAUGAAGAGCAAUUGAAAAAGGCUGAAGAGGAAGAGAAAGCAAUAGCCAUGGAGUUGGCCAGACAGGAAACUCUGAGACUAGAGAAGGAAAAAAGAGAAGCUGCAGAGAGGGAAAACCAAAAUGUGGAUCGGGAAGCAGAAGCCCAAUCUUCCACAGAAACACAAAACAUUCAACCUGAUAUGUCUGUCAUCAGUAACCAACCUGAAAUCAGCAUUGCUACCACCCAACCAGAACAAGAAGUCAAGAAUGAAGAUAUAGUUGAAGAAAAUGUCAAGAGGGAAUCAUCCAGUGCUGCAGGUGUAGGGGAGCUGGAGAUCACACCAGUAUCUGCAGCUAUUGCUCGGCAUUUAGGAAUAGACCUCACACCUGAAGGGAAGGCAGCUAGAAACAGAAGAGGCAUUGCCUUGAUUAUUCAUGGAGCACCAUUGUCAGGUAAAACUGGAACAGCUGUAGCCCUGGCCAAGCAUUAUGAAGCUGCACUUUUGACUCUAGAUGGCAUUGUGUGUGAUGCAAUAGCCAAUGGGAACACUCCUGCUGGAUUGAGAGCCAGAGAAUUGUGCCUAGAGGCAGCCAAGAAAAAGGCAGAGGAGCUGAAGGAGUCUGAAAUUGUGGAAGGGGACAAAAAGAUUGGGUUAAGUGUUGAACAGGUGACAGCUCACACUCAGGGAACAGGUACAGCUGGUACAUCAAUGGGUUCAAACCGUAAGACCAGUACAGUUGUAGGGGACAAGAACAAAGAAAAGCAGUCCAUGGUUAGCAAGAACACAGUAACGUCAUCUGGAGAAGCACCAGUGCCCUCCAGUCCUCUACCACAGACAGGACCUGUGGCCCGCAGGCUGAGUAUCAGUGCCAGCAUUGCCGGUGAAGAAGGUCUCUUGUCUUGCAUUCUACCAGAUGAUAUUCUUGUGGACAUUAUCGCUGACAGGCUUCAGUUGAAUGAUUGUCAUAGAGGUGUGGUCUUUGAUGGUCUUGAAACACUGUUCUCCCAAAACUAUUUCACUGCCACCAAUGCCAUUCUGAAAGCCCUGAACAACAGAAGGUUUAUUUACUUUGUGACUCUCAAGAUGGAUUACAAUGUACUGAAAGAGCAGGAGAAAAAAAUCCAGGAAGAAAAAGCAUUAGAAGAGAGAAGAAGAGAAGAAAAAGAACUGAUAUGGCUGGAGGAAAUGGAUGAAGAUGAAUAUGAAGCACUCCCUGCAGACGUCAGAGCCAGGAUUGACCAGAAGAGAUUAGUUUUAAAAAAGGAGAGGAUCAAAAGGGAACAAAAAGAAAAAGCUGAAAGGGAGAGAAUUGAAAGAGAAGCAAGGGAAGAGGAAGAGAAAAGAAAGGAAGAAGAAAUGAGAGCACGUAAGGGGCGGAAGGCUCAAGGUGGUAAAAAGUUGGCCAAGUCCCCAGCACUUCCAGUAAAAGCAGGCAGUAAGAUCCAGGAAGUUCCAGAAAAAGGGGAAAAAACCCUGGAUAGACCAGAGUCCCAUGCAACAGUGAAAUCUGAUCCCGCUGAGGAGACAAAAAAGAAAAAGAAAACUAAAAAAGAAGCAACAGAAAUUGUUGAAGAAAGCAAAGAUGCUAGUAAAGAAUCUGAUCUGUUGUUGAUGAGCAGGUUUAAAACAUUUGAAACCUAUCAAAAAGAUAUUCAAGAUCUACUUGAAUUCUGGGAUAGAACUACUCUUCAGCCCAAACGUCCUGUCUCACCAUCAGAUAGGUCAGAAGAUGACCAUAAAGAGUUUUCUGCCUCUGGAAAAAAAAUUAAAUCUAAAGUUUCUGUUCAUGGAGAUGAAUUUGAUCAAACUCAAAAAUCUGAUAAAGAAAAAAAAGAACAGGAAAGACUGCGCUUAGAAAAAGAACUAGCAGAAAAAGCUGCUAAAGAGGCUGCCCAAGCAGAAGCUGAAGAGAAAGAGGAAAAUGAAGAGAAUAAGAAAGAAGAAAUAGGCAUUCCUCACAUACUUGUAGACUGUGCUGAGAGGAAGAUUAUGACUAUACAAAAAGUGUUAGAGGUCAUUCCAUCUGUAGUAGAAAGCAGGGUGUCUGUAUCAACUAAGUUGAGAACUCUCCAAAUGCAAGGCAGUAGAAGUAACAGAUCAAUCUCUAGGGCCAGUGUGGUCACAAUAGAAAACAAAAGAGGCCUCUAUUUUAGUUCCAACUUCAUGUCACUGAUUGCAAGGUCAGGGUCAAGAAAACUUCCGAUGGACAACAGCACUAACUCUCUCACUCCCAUGAACUUUCUGCACAAACUGGAGAGUUUUAAUAAUAGCAACGCCAACAAUGAGAGCUUAAGAGAAGAUGGGAGUUCACUUCUUGACAUGUUAAUGCUUCAAUUGGAUGCUAACAAUGCUGUAAAUGUCAAACAAAUGGAACACAUCACCUAUGAAAACUUACUUUUGGAAUCUGGAAAACUACCUACCAAACAGGAAGUAAUGGAUGGCUUAGGACUUGGCCCACAGGGGCCGCCCAUCCCUCCAGCAGCUGAAUUUGCAGUUGUUCCCUACCCAGUAAAACGCAAGCCUCCACCUAUGCCUGAAGUUGGUGGAAAGUACACAUUUAUGUCAUCAUCACCAGAUGAUCCUAACAUUGGAGGUGAGGACAAGGUGAAAGAGCCUGAACAAGAAGAACUAAUAUCUGCAACUCCUGAAAAAUCUAAAGAGGAUCAACUAAAAUCCAAAACAUCCAAAGCAGCCUCAGACAAAGGAAGAUCAAGCGUAGACAGAAAGAGAAGUGGGGAAAGGAAACGAAUAUCCAGAAGGAAUUCCAAUGUACAGAUUAGCUCCCCUUCAGACUUGGCUAAUGCUUUGUCAGAUGCAGAAGGAAGUAGGCCCAGUACUAGGAAUACAUCAAGAGCCAGCAGUCAACUUGGAGCUCCAGUAUCCAAUGUGGAAGAGAAGAUCCCACCAAAGCCAUUGACAAUCUUCCGAUGGAUAAUUCCACCUGGUGCAGAUGUGGUUCUUAGGCUGCGUUUUCUUUCUAAUGACCUGGGUCAGUUUGACCAAACUCUCAAUUUUGAGAUAGUGGGCACAAGGCGUAGAUAUCAGCUGUUUUGCCGUGGUGUAUGUGCAUUUCCAAACAUCAGCAAAGAACCGAGGGUUGUUUUUGUUGGUCGUAAGAAGAACUAUCGCAGUGAUGAGAUUGUGCACAAAAAGUACAUACUGAAGACAGAAACAUUUGAGUUUGGUCCACUCCUAGUUGGCAAGUCUAGGGACAAAUAUAGAGAAGGAAAGUACCCAGAAAACAUGGAGUCCAUCACAAUAUUGAACAACUCCCCAUUGGAUGCUGACAUAAGCUUCUGCUUCCAGCAUGAUAGCAAGGGUGACACUUACCUCCUUGAGCCACCAAACAUGCUUCUCAAGCCAGGAGAGUCCAACAAACUAACUAUAUGGGCCUACCCCAAAGUCAAUGUGGAAGAUCAGGUCAUUGUGCCUCCCUCAAAUCUAGAGGAGAAGAUAAUAGAAAGUAAGGAGCUUGAGUCCCCCUCCGGAAAGUCAAUUUUGAAAGUAAGCAGCACUCCGAAAAAUUCACUAGAUACUGGGGAAGAGGAAACACAGUUGCGUACUGAGCCUGAAAGUCUUGCACCUGAAUCACUGCUGAAAAUUUCAGAGGAACACUUACCUGUUUUGAAUGAUGCAGAAUUGAAUCUCAAGGUCUCUCAACUCCUUCAAUCAGAUAAUAAAGUCUUUAAGAAAUCUUUCUUUAUGAAAACUGCUAGAGGACAUAUAGUUCCGAAACCAAGCCCUGGUCAUUAUGAAGAUGCCCUUGUCUGCUGCAUUAAAGAAAAUCCUGAGCCAGUCAUUUUCAAAGUCAGCUGUGAUGGUUACAGACCAGAACUUGAUCUAGACAAAAGAAUUUUCCACUUUGAUAAGGUUCUCUUGCAUAGGAAGGACACCAAAACAAUCUAUCUAAGGAACAGCACUCAGCUGCCUGUUGCCUGGAGACUGAGUGGCUUAGAGAACCUGGGUGAUGACUUCACUGUGGCAGCUGACAGUGGAAUUGUGGAACCCUUGUCAGAGUACCCACUACAUGCUUACUUCAGAGCAAUGAAGGCAAUACAGAUCAAUAAGAAAAUGAUUAGAUUGGAGAUUUCAGAUGCAGAAAAUAUUAUGGGCGUGGUACAUACUGAGCCUAUCCAAGUAACAGCUGAAGCCUAUGAUGUUGCUCUGGAUAUGAGCUUCCCUAAAGGAGUGUUUGUGGACAAAAGGAAGAAGAAUGUCAAACAUGUUGAUAUGCCUGUCAUUGACUCACCCGAGCCUGUCAAAGUAAAAGGGAAAGUUAUGACUUUCUCUAAAGAAGUUCUACCUACAUUUAGUUUGAUGGGUAGUAGAGGUACUGAUGGUGGACUUGACUUUGGUGUGGUCAAGGUCAAUGAAGAAGGCAGGCAGACUUGUACACUCAAGAACAAAGGAAAAUAUGAGAUAGCUUUUAAUUUCUUGUUGGAGUCUGAUGCCAAGAAUGCAAACAUCAAGUCUUUGUUCUCUGUGAUUCCAAGCAGUGGAAAACUUAAUCCACAGGAUCGACCCACUCAAGUACAAGUUAUCUUUAAGACCAACAGAGAAGUAAAUGUCAAAGAAAUGCCAAUUCUCAAGUGUCAAGUUAUUGAACCUAGUCUAGGAGAUCAAGGGGAAGUCAUUGCUAGCAUCCCAGUGAAGGUUUCUGUCAAAGCUGUCUUUAGCAAAUUUACAAUCACACCAGUGCAAGAUAUCAAUUUUGGUGCCAUGUUGCUUAAUAGUAGAAAAACCAGAUUUUUUGUGAUAGAAAAUAAAGGAGAAUUUGACUUUAAGUACACCAUCACUAAAAAAGAAAAAGAUCCUAAUGUGCAUAACAAGAGCAUAAGCAGGCCGACUGUAAAAGGGGAUAAAAGUACGAAGUUGAGAGAUGACAACUCCACACCUUCUUUCAAACAGAAAAAAAUGGAUUCAAUAAGAAUGGAUCCUAGCCAAUCAAAAUUAACCUUAGGAAUGUUCACCAUCUUCCCUGCAUUUGGUAUAAUUCUACCCAAUGGCAGUCAGUCUAUCACUGUAGAAUGUGUUGGUGAAACUCCUGGCAAAGAAGUACAGGAAAUCAAUCUAGAAAUUUCUGACCGUGAUCCUAAUUACAACAAAGGUGGAAUACCCUACAAGCUUGUGGCCGAAACAUGCAUCCCUGGGAUCAAUGUUGAUGAUCUAGGAAGCAUUUUUGAAGAGCAUAGAAUUUGUAAAAAUCUGACCAUCUGGCAACAUUUGAAUUGUGGGAAUCAAGAAGCUGGUGGAGUGUAUGGAGAAGAAGAGAAGAAAUUUAUUUUCAACAAUGUGAUUGUUGGGAGGACUGCUAAAGCUCGUUUUAAGAUUUCCAACAACAACAAGGUACCAUGUGAUGUAGCCUUUACCCUAAAACCUACCAACAUUAAGGGUUCCCCAAAGACUUCUGAUGUUUUUGACUUGGAACCUAGUCGGAUUCAAAUAGCCAAUCACAGUUUCACCUAUGUGACCAUUUCAUUCACACCACCUUCCAUGCAGUCUUACAGUGCAAUGUUUGAAGCGUCUAUUGAGGGCCUAAGUCCUAAUCAGGUCAAAGGGAAGUCUUUAGUGUUUGAGGUCUCUGGGGAAGGCAACCUGCCGAGGAUAACCAUCGCCAAACCCACUGUCAGAAACAAGACUGGACAACCCCUUUUACUUUUCAAGAGGUUGCUGGUUGGCCGUUCAGAGUCACUGCCCUUUGAACUGUUUAAUGAUGGCACGCUACCUAGCAAGGUCAACAUUGAUGUACUGGACAGUGACCAAGUCUUCAUGCUAAAACCAACCAAAGAAACCAGAGAUUUUGUUGGAGACAUCAGCUAUGAAAACCCAGCAGAAAUCAGAAAGAAGGCUCACACUGCCUCAGUAGUUAUCAAUCCUAAUGAAAGAGCCACUUUUGAGGUCAUCUACCAGCCUAGAGAAGUGCGAAGGUCUCAGGCCAGCAUCAAGGUGACAGUCAUUGACAACCAGUAUGAGGAUUACAUUGUCCAGAUGGUAGGUGAAGGCUACAAGGAUGACAUCACUCUGGACAACAUUGGCUCCAUGGCUGUCUAUGUAGAGCCUGAGAAUGAGCUGGGCAACAUGGCAGAGGAAGAUGUAGAUGAAGAUAGUCAUGGCAAAUUAGACUCUAAACAAAGGUCUGGGGAAUCUACCUAUGCAGACUCAAUUUCAUCCCAGGAGAUGCCUAAAUUAGAUGACUACAGUGUGUUGGCUGCUAAGUCCAACGUCAUGAACUUCAGUGAUUGCUAUAUCAAUGAAAGCUGUACACUCAACUUGACUAUGACCAGUCACUCUACCACUGACUGUGUCCGCUUCCAAUGGCCAGACUAUCCAGAAUUCACAUUUUCACCACAGAUUGGGCAUUUGCAUGCCGGCUGCACCAAAGAUAUUGCAGUCACAUUCACACCUAAAUCAGCACAAAGCUUUAGCCAGGUGCCCAUUCAGUGCAGAGUGGCCAAAAUAAUAUUUGACAAACCAAUGGAAAUGAUCUGUGAUUGGGAUGAUAAAGUUCAAGUGGUUAAAUGGGUGGAUAAUAACCCCCCAGCUACACCCACCUUUCCAAAUGAGAAACACCAACCGCUAGAUGGCAUACUCUCCCCUACUCAGAAAGGGGAGACAGAGACGCCCAUUGAGGAUAUUCUAGAAGUUCUCUUAUUUGGCAGCAGGUCCCAUGUCCCUGAGAAUAACCUGAAGCCUUCCAAGAAGAAAGUGGUUGAAACAGAGCCUGAACCUCAGUACACUGAAAUAGCAGACUCUGCUAGGGAUAUUGAGCUACUGGUCUCAGGGGUGGCUGACUACACCAAGUGCUCCUGUGAGGUGGAAAGCAUCCAUUUCAAGAGUACACCCAUGUUCCAAACUAGAGUCUACAGUGUCGUGCUAAACAAUGAAGGAAAAGUGGCCCUCAACUAUCACUGGCAUGUAUUGAUGGAUAGUUUUACACCCAGUGUCCAGCGCUCAGUCACUUUCAUGUCCAAUGGAGACAGGCCAGAAUCAAGGGUAGAUGUUGUGGACAUUCCUUACACACCUUUCUUUGUGGAGCCUGAGUUUGGAACCAUUGCUGCUGGGAAGUCUGCAUCCUGUGUUGUGAAGUUUGCUCCCUUGGAUGCAAAUGACUAUGAAGGCAGAUUGAUAUGCAGCAUACCUCACAUGGAUAAAGGGUCUCAUGGCCCAGUGAUUGGUUUGAAAGGAAGAAGCCUGAUGCCCUACUGUCACUUUGAGCUGGAAGACUCUGACUACAUCAGUCGCUCAAGGAGCAACUUGGAUGGCACACAAAGUGCACCCAUAGACCCCAGCACCAGAGUAAUAGAAUUUAGUGUGUGCGGCUCUGGUGUCAAGUGUCACAAGGAGUUUGGAAUCAUCAACCCAACCAAUGAACCUUUUACAUUUGAAUGGCAGUGUGAGGAUGAUACUGAUACCAGACUUCCAGCAAGUUUCAGAUGUCUUAACCCUAAAGGGGAAAUUAAAAGUGGUAGAAAGUAUAAGGUUGGGUUUGAGUUUGUGUCUAAUGAUCAAGAUGUUGUGGAGUCCUUCUGGAAGUUCAGCAUCCCAUCUAGAGCAAUCACUAUUCCAUUCAUGAUGGUUGGUUACACCAGAGAACCAAAUAUUUGUUUGGACAGAUCACAUCUCAACUUUAAAUCACUUUUAAUAGGACGUGAAGCCAAAGAAACAGUAUUCCUAACAAACAAUGAAGACACAGCAUUCCAAUUUUAUUUUGUGGAAAAUUCUUGUCACUCUGAAGGCUACUCCUCCCACAUUAAAGUUGAACCAAUGACUGGCCAGAUUCCACCAAAAUCCAGUGUUCCUAUACAAAUAUAUUUUGCACCAAAAACUGAAAAAGAGGUCAACUUUAACUUAAAGUGUAACAUACCACACAAAAAGUCACCUUUGACCUUGAAUGUCAAGGCUGAGGGGUACCAAAUGAACAGUAUUUUGUUAUGUGAGGAUUCUACCUUAAAUAGAAUAGAGCUAAGUGAAAGAGGAAUCAAUCAAAUUAAUUUUGGAGAGGUGGAUAUUAAUGAAAACAUCAUCAGACAUCUGUUCCUCCUCAAUACUGGCAAGUUUAACUUUGACUUUGUGUCUGAGUUUGGUGAUAAGGGUACUGGAGCAGAGGCUUUGACCUUAACUCCGCAGAAAGGUGGAGUAAUGUGCGGAGAAACUGUUCAGCUCUCAUUAGCCUUCUGCCCCCUCAAAAAAGUGGCUCUUAAAAAUUGUGAUCUGGCAAUUAAGGUAAUAAAUGGCCCUACUUAUAAUUUGAGUAUCAUUGGCCAAAGUGUGACCCCUGGCCUGCAAUUCUCCUUCAAAUCUCACAAUUUCGGCAACUGUUUCAUCUACAAAACUGGCGUUGACCUUCCAAAGCAGCAAAUUAUUCUUAAACUGAUAAACAAAGACAAGAAGGAAGUGAGUGUUGAUUGUCUAAGUGUACCAACGAGCCAGCUGGCCUUCAAGUUUGAAGCUUGUGUUAUUCCUCUAAACAAGAAAAAGAAAGUUACUUUCAGCUUCACUCCAACACAGCCCAUCAAAUACCAGGAGACUGUUGUCUUUGAGAUCAAUGGCUUAACCAAACAGAAGAUUGAGUUUUUUGGUGUGGGCCAUGAGAUGAAGAUUGAAGUGGCUGACCCAGCACACAAAUGUGUGAACCUUGGAGCUAAGAUGGUGGGUGAUAACGUCAGAAAGUUUAUCCCAGUGGUCAACAACAGUCCUGCUCCCAUCACCUUCAAUUUAGCAUUGACUCCAACUGAACCAGCUUUACAACAGAAAGAAGUGCUUUCCAUUGCCCCCAAAGAGCAGAUUACUCUAGAAGCUAAUGGUGGAACAACAAAAGUUGAGGUCUGGUUCAGACCAAAAGCCCGCAUCCCGCAAUUCACAGAAGAGGUGUUAAUGGAAUGUGCAGGAAUGUCCCAGCCUCUUUUUGUCGUAAAGGGAUCUUGCCUGGGCAUGGAAAUUAACCUGGACUCCGACUAUUUGGCAUUCGGAACAGUCUACCAGCGCAGCUCCAGCACUAGGAAGCUAGUCAUGACCAACUCUGGUGACAUGAAUUCUAAAUUCCGCUGGGACAUCAAACGUUUCAAGCCAGAUUUUAGCAUCUCACCAGUAGAAGGCUACAUCACUCCUGGCAUGGAAGUAGUUUUUGAUGUAGAGUUUCAUCCUCAAUCUGUCAGUGGUGACGUACGAUAUGAUAAAGUGAAAUGCUUCCUGGAUGGAGGCCCACAUAAGGCAGUUACAUUGACUUUAACUGGUUCCUGUACUGGCAUCCCACCGGUUAAAGAGGUUCAGGGUUUCCAGUGUGUCGUUAGGCAGACGGAUACUCGUCAGAUCAUGAUACCAAACAAAAGUAAUCAGGUCUGGAACCUGAAGCCAGUCAUAGAUGGAGAGUACUGGACUGGACCUGUCUCUUUCAUUGUAGAACCUCAGCAGACCAAGUCAUACGAGCUGACUUACAGACCACUGACUAUGACCAGUGAGAACAAGAAGCAUACAGGAUCCAUUUUCUUUCCUCUCCCUGAUGGCUCAGGUCUCCUCUUUAACCUUGUAGGAACGGCUGAACCUCCAAAAGUUCUAGCUAGAAUUCAGCGAGAUGUUCCUUGUAAAACAGGUUACUCUGAACUUCUCCCUGUUUUUAACUGGCUCAAAAAAACACAAAGAUUUCGUGUGAAGAUUGAGCCUGUGAAACCAGAGAAACUAGAACCUGGCACCACGGUGAAAGGUGUGGAGUACAUUGAUGUUCCAGCCAAUGGGAAGAAAGAUUAUAAGCUGUCAUUUUAUGCAUAUAAAGAAGGAAUCUCAACUCUUAAGGUUACAUUCGUCAAUGAACAAACUCAAGAGUACCAAUUUUAUGAGGUUACGUUCAAGGCAACAAAGCCAGGGGUCAUUUCAACUAUAUAUUUGGCCACCCCAGUUAGGCAGAGUGUCCCUUACACACUGACAUUGGACAACCCACUGUCUAAUCAGGUGACCUUCUCUAUCAGCUGUACAGUGGCAGAAGUGAUGCUGCCCAGCCAAUUGGUAAUCCCUGCAGCUUCACAAGGUCAUUUGACUUUAGAAUAUCAGCCUUUGAAAGUGGGUGAGGUCACAGGUCGUCUUGAACUAAACUGUGCAGACCUAGGUCAGUAUUUGUAUGAUAUGGUUUUGAAUGCCCAACCUAGUGGCCAGGAGAAGCCCAUAUACUUCAGAACAUGGCUUGGUUCAAGCGUUACCCAAGUUGCUAAGUUUUUAAACUUUGCUAAACAAAAAACAGACUAUUCUUGCAAGAUUGACAAUCCUGAUUUCCAUGUUGAAAAAACAAUAGCUGCUGCCCCUGGUUCAACAGGUGGCACUGAGGUAGCACUAGAUGUUGUGUUUGAGCCCUCCAAAUUGGGAGAGCAGAGGGCACAGCUGACAGUCACAUCACCGCUCGGCAGUGACUACAUUUUCCCAUUGUUUGGUACCUGCAUAUCUCCUAAACCACAAGGACCUUUCACUGUGAAAUCAGGCACCAAUUUGUCAAUCGUCUUUAGGAAUAUUUUCAGCACCACAACACCUUUCACAUUUCAGGUAGACAACCCAUUAUUUCACGUGGCUAAACCUGGGGAGUCCAUCAGACCUCACAAAGAUCACAGGAUUGUUGUUGGAUUUGAUGGCACCAACAUCAAGAACCCAGUGGUGGGCAAAUUGAUAGUCUCAUGUGCUCGGUCAGCUGGAGGGGCUUCCAAUGUCCAGUGGAUAUAUUACUUGAAAGGUGUCUCAAAUUAAAUUUCAAUAAAAAGAAUACAGAAUGCUUUAUAAGAAAAAGCACUUGAUGACAUGGAAAUGUAUGAAUUUCUUUCUGUACAUAAGUUGGCAAGUGUUCCCCUUUCUCUAUUCAAUAUACUUGUUACUUGUCUGGGCUUUCCAGUCAUUAAGGUGUGAUAUCUGCCAAUGUUGAUAAUUUUCUCAAUAAUUUUUUUAUGAGCUUAUAGCUGAAUUAUUGAGUUAAAAUUUGUAUUAAACAGAAAAUGUUUACAGGAAAAUAUGUUUUUCAUAUGUGAAUAUAAAUUGUCUGACAUAUAAUUUUAUUAGCAAUCGUUUAUACAAAUUUAAUUGGUCCUACAUUUGACCUAUAGAAAUAAUUGAUAAUCUUUAACAGGUUUUUCUAUGAAGAGAAUAGAAAAUAUAUUAUAUAUUUUAUAAGCUGUAUAUUUUAAGAGUUAACAUUGUGUAUAUGUAAUAACUUGGUUAAUUUCAUUUUGAAACUCUAAUUGCAGUCUUAUAUUAUUGUGUUUUUUUUAAAUUUUUUGUGAUAUAUUAUAGAUAAGCCUCAAAAGUGUGAAAUAAAGUAUUCAUUUUUUUUAUUUCUUAUCACAAUGUAAACAAUAACCAUUGCCAUUUGAUACAUAUUUAUUUUCAAAAUCAUGUGUUGAUUUGCCACUACAUCAGAUGUCCGUCCAAAAGCAAAGAUAAGUUUCUUGAAUUGAUUUUAUUUUUAAUAAACAUCUGUGAUAGAGA